AUGCCUCCCAAAAAGCGUGGCAUCGAAGUCGUCGACCUCAUUAGCAGUGAGGCCGAGGGUUCGGCGCCGCCACCUAGCAAGAGGACAGCCGGAAACCGGGCGGUUUCUUUAGGCCAGUCGAACGGGGCUCGGGGCUCCGGACGCCAGCCGUUUAACACCCAGAACUCCGCUAGCUCUAGCUCAUUCGCCGGCGCAUCGUCCCAGGAUGCUUCCUUUUAUGAUCGCGACGACACUGAAUUGAUCGACCUUACACAAGCACCCGAUGGUCCCCAACUUGAGCUUUACGGAAAUCUCGAUACCAAGAUCGUCGGAGUACGGUACUACAACGGCUACGCAUCACAGGGAGAGGUCGUCGUCUGUUUGCGAGAGCCCUCCAACCCAUAUGAUCGCAAUGCCAUUCGCGUUUGCAACGUCAUGGGCGAUCAGAUCGGACACAUCCCACGCAAAGUUGCCGAGAAGCUGGCCCCUUACGUGGACAAUGAGGACAUCGCAUUGGAAGGGACCCUGACAGGAGAGAAGGGCCAGUUCGACUGUCCCGUUCGGCUGCACAUAUUCGGACCCUCCAACAAAGAGGAAAGGCUGCAGCUGGAGGACAGGCUGAAGAAGGACAAACUGUUGAAGGCCACGGAGCUUAAGAAGACGAAAGCCGAAGCCGAAGCCCAGAGAAAGAUGCUGGGCAUCAAGAAUGCCCACUCGACAGUCGGUCUAAGCGGCCCUGCGGCUCCGCCCGAGCCGGAGGUAUCUCUCGAACAGCUGACGCAAGCCAGUCAAGCUAUGCAGGCCCAGAGUCGUGGAGAUGCUGUUAAGUCUCUUGUCAUUGACGAGGAAACACUGGCUGCCAUGCCGAUGGCUGAGCAGCCGGCCGUACUUGAAGCUCAACUUUUGCCUUAUCAACUUCAGGGCUUAGCAUGGAUGGCGUCCAAAGAAAACCCUCAGCCACCGCCGAAGGGUUCCGAAGAGAGUGUCCAGCUUUGGAAAUGGAUGCCAAACAAACGCGAGAUGUGCAACGUCGCGACCAACUUCCGAGUGUCAGGCCAACCGAAGCUUCUUUCCGGCGGUAUUCUUGCUGAUGACAUGGGUCUUGGUAAAACUCUCCAAAUCAUCAGUCUAAUCAUGACCGGUGGUCCUGGAACGACUCUCAUCGUGGCUCCACUCAGUGUCAUGAGCAAUUGGGAACAACAAAUGCGCAGACAUGUCAAGAAGGAACACCUUCCGGGAAUCUACACAUAUCAUGGAGCCAACAGAGCGAGCAAGAGUGAGUUGGCAAACUAUCAGGUCGUUAUCACCAGUUAUGGCACACUUGGUACCGAGGGUGCCAAGGACAACUCACCCCUCAGAACCAUGGAUUGGAGGCGAGUUGUGCUCGACGAAGGACACACCAUCAGGAACGCGAAAACGAAGGCCGCCGUUGCGGCGACCAAACUCAAAGCCAAGUCCCGCUGGGUGCUAACGGGAACUCCCAUUAUCAACAACAUCAAGGAUUUCCAGUCAUUGCUGCAAUUCCUUUCGAUUACCGGAGGUGUUGAGCAACCCGCAAUCUUCAACACCGUCAUUGCCCGGCCCCUUGCUCUGGGCAAUCAGAGAGCCGAGACACUCUUGCAGCUGCUCAUGCGAGAUCUUUGUCUGCGACGCAAGAAAGACAUGAAGUUCGUCGACUUGAAACUACCGCCGAAGACUGAAUAUGUACAUCGCAUUCAAUUCAGACCUCACGAGAAGAACAAAUAUGAGGCCUUGCUGAACGAAGCCAAAGGUGCCCUUGAGCAGUUCCGGCAGAGCAACAGCGCAGGACAGGGUGGAUUCCAAAGCGUUUUGGAGCGUCUUCUUCGACUGCGACAAGUGUGCAAUCAUUGGACGCUGUGUCGUCAAAGAAUUGACGACCUGCUCAAGGUCCUGGAGGGUCAGGCUGUCGUUGCUCUGAACCCCGAAAAUGUCAAGAUCCUGCAAGAGGCUCUGCAGCUCUACAUCGAGACACAGGAAGACUGUGCUGUCUGUCUCGACACCUUGAAUCAGCCGGUCAUUACCCACUGCAAGCACGUCUUCUGCCGUGGCUGCAUCUCCAAGGUCAUCCAGACGCAGCACAAGUGCCCAAUGUGUCGCAACCAACUUGAGGAGGAGUCUCUCCUUGAACCGGCUCCUGAAGCUGGCGAGGAAGUGAACGAUGGCUUUGACGCCGACGCCAAGAGUUCCAAGACCGAAGCUCUCAUCAAAAUCGUUCAAGCGACCACCAAGGACCCCAAGUCCAAGAUUGUCAUAUUCUCGCAGUGGACGUCUUUCCUCAACAUCAUCCAGAACCAGGUCGCAGAGGCAGGAAUCAAGUACUGCCGCCUCGAUGGUUCUAUGUCGGCAGGCAAGCGAGAUGCGGCCAUCGAAGCCCUUGACCAUGAUCCUGAUACUCGCGUCAUGCUAGCCAGUUUACAAGUUUGCAGCGUCGGUCUGAACCUCGUGUCGGCGGAUACGGUCAUCCUCGCCGACAGUUGGUGGGCGCCGGCUAUCGAGGAUCAAGCCGUUGACCGCGUGCACCGGUUGGGUCAGAAGCGGCCCACGACCGUGUGGCGACUCGUAAUGGAAGGCACCGUUGAGGAGCGUGUGCUGGACAUUCAGCACGAAAAGCGAACGCUCGUGGGUAAGGCAUUCCAGGAGAAGAACAAGGGAAAGAAGAGCCAGGUUACCCGCAUGGCAGAUAUUCAAAAAUUGCUUGGUUGA